AUGGCUGCAUACCGUUAGAUUCCCAUUGAGUUGACCAUGGAGGAGUUGUGUCAGCCACGGCAGGAGGCCAAAUCCGAGGUCACUAACCAGCUUCUAGAUCUUCAAUGGAAAAUGGGGAUGGCUGUGAGCUCAGACAGUUGCAGAUCUCUUAAGUCUCCUUAUAUUGCAUUGAUGCUAAAAGUGGCAGAUCAGUCAGGCCAGAUAACAAACAAGUCCUUUGAAAUGACAAUUCCACAAUUUCAGCAUUUCUUCAAACAGUUUAAAGAAAUGGCUGCUGUUAUUGAAACUGUGUAAAAACUACUUGCUUUGUUACCUUUUGUUAUAGGAAAAGUUACUUACUUUAAUUUUUUAAGUUAACUUUAACUUUUAAAGUAAGUUUAACUUUUCCUAUAACACUUUGUAAAAUAAUGUGUCAUCUGAUAUAAACACAAUUCCAUAAAGAUUAAAUGCUAUUUGUUAGAUGUAGAUGUACUUUCUUUGUCAUUUUCAUAGAGUAAGAUCAUACUGUUUUAGUCUUUAUUCAUGUGUUAGAACAUCUUAGAAUCUCAUAUUUAAAUAAGUAUUGUAUUGACAAUUAUAAAUAAACUUGACAAAACAAAGAAGCUUAAAUAAGGUAACUUGAAAGAACAUGUAAUAAUUUAUAGGAUUAGUAAUAUGUUGGUAUAAGAAAGAAAAGAAAAUUUUAACUUGUUUGAGUUCAGGUUCAAAAAGUGGCUUCAUCAAAUAUAAAUCUUUGAAACUAUCAACAUAUUAGAAACUGGACAAAG